UCCGUCCGUCCGUCCUUCCUUCCCAUGGCGUCCUUCCGUCCGUCCGUCCUUCCUUCCCAUGGCGUCCUUCCGUCCGUCCGUCCUUCCUUCCCAUGGCGUCCUUCCGUCCGUCCGUCCUUCCUUCCCAUGGCGUCCUUCCGUCCGUCCGUCCUUCCUUCCCAUGGCGUCCUUCCGUCCGUCCUUCCCAUGACAUCCUUUCGUCCCAUGGCUGCAUCAUUCCCAUCGCUCAAAGGGGAGGCAUUACCCCAGGGAUCCACGAGGCUCCUGCAGGUGGAUUAAAGCCCCAAUUCCUUUGCUGGGCAGCUCAGCAGUGCUGCCUUUAUGGGCUGUGCUCCACUAGAGCAGCAGUCAGCCUGUUUUUGGAGGCAGCCUGCACGGCCAGGCGUGAGCUUUCCUAAAGCUCGGUGGUUUCCUUUACACCCGCGGGGCUUUUGGUGCCCUCAGAGCUGUGUCAGCCCCUCGGUGCCCCCUGCAGGACCCCCCGGACCUCAGCUGAGCAGCUGAGAAGUGAAAUGGUGGCUCUCACCGCAUCGUCGCCUCCCGUCACAGCGAGUGCCUCAUUUGUGGCAAUCCGAAGGGGGUUUUUUAAGGUUCUUGGAACCGAAUGAGACCAAAUGCUUUGCAGCUCGUCAACACGCUCCUGAAUUCCUCCUCUUUUGGCUCCCGGUUGUAGGGACGGGAAGGGGCUCUGAGCAGCACGACAGCUCGGGAUGCGAGCGCGGCGGCACCGCUGCAACAGCUGCUGUUUACUGGGAGAAGAAACAUGCGAAGCAAAUGUUGACGGUGAGGCAGCACGAAGCACGUGUGUGCUCACUGUUAGUGCUGGGGGUGCUCGGAGAAACCCCGACGUGGCUCAGCCCCACAGCUGCUGAGUGCUGAGCUGGAGGGCGGGGGGCUCUGUGUGCGCUGAGGGUGUGGGGUCCAUGCGGGGAAAAGAGUGGGGCUGUAUGGGCGUGCGGGACUUCGUGCUCAGCUCUUUGUCAAUUGGAACCCAUAGGGAUGUGAAUGUGUUCUAGCAAAUAGUUUGGGAUGGAGGGGAGGAUGGGCCGGGUAGAGUUGAGCCGACUGUCCCGGAAGGGACAACGGGUUGGGGGUUUAUGGCAGGGAAGCGCUGGGAUCGGGAGCAGCAGGGAGCUGUGUUGGGGUGGUAGCGUAAGAGCAGCGCGGAGCUGUUGAUUCUGUGCUCUGUGUGUUGGGGCUGUGCCCUCGAUCGAUGGGGAUGCUGUCUGGAGCCCAAACCUUGGUCCUCCCAUGGUCAGUGGGCCUUGGUCUGUGGCUCAUGGUCCUUCCGUGGUCGAUAGUCAAUGACUCAUGGUCCCACCGUGGUCAGUGGGCCUUGGUCAGUGGUGUGUGGUCACUCCAUGGUCAUUGGCUCAUGGUUCCUGUAUGAUCUACAGCUCAUGGUCUCUCUGUAGUCAGUGGACCUUGGUCAAUGACUUGUGGUCCCUCCAUGGCCAGUGGGCCUUGAUCAAUGGCUCGUGGUCCCUCCUUGGUCAAUGGUUUGUGGUCCUUCCAUGGUCAGUGGGCCCUGGUCAAUGUCUUGUGGUCCCUCCAUGGCCAAUGGUCCUUGCUCAAUGGCUCGCUGUCCUUCCAUGGUCAAUGUCUUGUGGUCCAUCCAUGGUCAGUGGGCCCUGGUCAAUGUCUUGUGGUCCCUCCAUGGCCAAUGGGCCUUGCUCAGUGGCUCGCUGUCCUUCCAUGGUCAAUGUCUUGUGGUCCCUCCAUGGCCAAUGGGCCCUGGUCAAUGUCUUGUGGUCCCUCCAUGGCCAAUGGGCCUUGCUCAGUGGCUCGCUGUCCUUCCUUGGUCAAUGUCUUGUCAUCCCUCCAUGGCCAAUGGGCCUUGGCCUGUGGCUCAUGGUCCCUCUGUGGUCAAUAAUCAACGGCCCACGGUCCAUCCAAUGCUCCCGUUCCCCCCAGCUCCCAUGGGAGUCAGAGGUUGGGUGGGACUGCAGGUUUUGGUGGUGCUGAUGGUUGGCCCCGAUGAUCUCAGUGGUCUUUCCCAGCCUUCACAGCUCUGACAUCAGAUGGGAUGAGGCGAAGGGAUGCCGGCGCCGAGCGGAAGCGCCGCGAUGGGGAUUUCUUAAUUAUUAUUUUUUCCAUCUCCUUUGUGCAGGUAGCAAAAAAGCAGCGUUAGAGUUGAGCCACAACCGCGUUUCACAACCAUGCUUAAAAAGGAUAUUUUUGUAGCAUAGUCAGGGCCUAAAACAGCCUUGCAGAAUUCUGCUCACCCACGCGCCUGGCGUGAGUAAUUUUCUUUUGAUGGAUCCGUAUUCAGAAAGCAAAAAGAGUUGGCAGCACCCAGGAAGAUUGCCUCCAAUUGUAACAGAGCAACAACAACAACAGCCACCCAAAAAGCAGAGCGAAUAGACGUGGCUUUGCGCAGGGUUAUGUGCUGCAGGUUGUACCCAGACAGAUAAUUAGCCAAGUGGCAUCACGAUGCUAAUAGAGAGCGCUUUUAGCCUCGACUGUGCCUCCUUCUCCGCAGUGGUGCUGUGCCACCCUUUGCCCUCCUGCAGCUCACCGUGGCCCCGUGCACAGCCAGGAUCCCGUUCAAGAUCGGGCAGCCCAAGAAACAGAUUGUACCCAAGACAGUGGAGAGGGACUUCGAGAGGGAGUAUGGGAAGCUGCAGCAGUGAGUGUCGGCCGCGGCGACUGGAGGAGCAGACCAAAAAGCUGCAGAAGGACAUGAAGAAAAGCACGGAUGCGGAUUUGGCCAUGUCCAAAGCGGCCGUGAAGAUCUCUUCGGACCUUCUGUCCAACCCGCUGUGCGAGCAGGACGCCGCCUUCCUCGGCGUGGUCACCGCCUUCGACACCGCCAUGAGGAGGAUGGACUCCUUCAACCAGGAGAAGGUGAAUCAGAUCCAGAAGACGGUCAUUGAGCCCUUGAAAAAGUUCGGCAGUGUGUUCCCCAGCCUCAAUAUGGCCGUGAAGCGGCGCGAGCAAACGCUGCAGGAGUACCGGCGGCUGCAGGCCAAGGUGGAGAAGUACGAGGAGAAGGAACGCAGCGGACCCGGGCUGGCCAAGCUGCACCAGGCGCGGGAGGAGCUGCGCCCCGUGAGGGCGGACUUCGAAGCCAAAAACCAACAGCUGCUGCAGGAGAUGCCCAAAUUCUACAGCAGCCGCAGCGAUUACUUCACGCCGAGCUUUGAGGCGCUGCUCCGCGCGCAGGUGGUGUUCUACUCGGAGAUGCGCUCCAUCUUUGGGGACCUCACGGCGCAGAUCGGCCGCGCGGCGCUCAGCGACGAACUGCGGGAGCGCGAGAAUGAGGGGCGGCUCGGAGAGCUGCGGGCGCUCAGCAUUGUGGGAGACGACUGAGCGCUGCGGCGCCGCGCCGCGGGACGCGGCACCCCGUAGGGAACGUGCGACCCCAUAGGGAUGUGCGACCCCAUAGGGAACGUGCGACCCCAUAGGGAUGUGCGACCCCAUAGGGAACGUGCGACCCCAUUGGGAUGUGCGACCCCAUAGGGAACGUGCGACCCCAUGGGGAUGUGCGACCCCAUUGGGAUGUGCGACCCCAUAGGGAACGUGCGACCCCAUUGGGAUGUGCGACCCCAUAGGGAACGUGCGACCCCAUGGGGAUGUGCGACCCCAUUGGGAUGUGCGACCCCAUAGGGAACGUGCGACCCCAUUGGGAUGUGCGACCCCAUAGGGAACGUGCGACCCCAUAGGGAACGUGCGACCCCAUAGGGAUGUGCGACCCCAUUGGGAUGUGCGACCCCAUAGGGAUGUGCGACCCCAUAGGGAACGUGCGACCCCAUGGGGAUGUGCGACCCCAUUGGGAUGUGCGACCCCAUAGGGAACGUGCGACCCCAUAGGGAUGUGCGACCCCAUUGGGAUGUGCGACCCCAUAGGGAACGUGCGACCCCAUUGGGAUGUGCGACCCCAUUGGGAUGUGCGACCCCAUAGGGAUGUGCGACCCCAUAGGGAACGUGCGACCCCAUGGGGAUGUGCGACCCCAUUGGGAUGUGCGACCCCAUAGGGAACGUGCGACCCCAUAGGGAUGUGCGACCCCAUUGGGAUGUGCAACCCCAUAGGGAACGUGCGACCCCAUUGGGAUGUGCGACCCCAUUGGGAUGUGCGACCCCAUAGGGAACGUGCGACCCCAUUGGGAUGUGCGACCCCAUAGGGAUGUGCGACCCCAUAGGGAACGUGCGACCCCAUGGGGAUGUGCGACCCCAUUGGGAUGUGCGACCCCAUAGGGAACGUGCGACCCCAUUGGGAUGUGCGACCCCAUAGGGAACGUGCGACCCCAUGGGGAUGUGCGACCCCAUUGGGAUGUGCGACCCCAUAGGGAACGUGCGACCCCAUUGGGAUGUGCGACCCCAUAGGGAACGUGCGACCCCAUAGGGAAUGUGCGACCCCAUAGGGAUGUGCGACCCCAUUGGGAUGUGCGACCCCAUAGGGAUGUGCGACCCCAUAGGGAACGUGCGACCCCAUGGGGAUGUGCGACCCCAUUGGGAUGUGCGACCCCAUAGGGAACGUGCGACCCCAUAGGGAUGUGCGACCCCAUUGGGAUGUGCGACCCCAUAGGGAACGUGCGACCCCAUUGGGAUGUGCGACCCCAUUGGGAUGUGCGACCCCAUAGGGAACGUGCGACCCCAUUGGGAUGUGCGACCCCAUUGGGAUGUGCGACCCCAUAGGGAACGUGCGACCCCAUUGGGAUGUGCGACCCCAUUGGGAUGUGCGACCCCAUAGGGAACGUGCGACCCCAUUGGGAUGUGCGACCCCAUUGGGACUGUGCGACCCCAUAGGGAUGUGCGACCCCAUAUACACUGCGACCCCAUAGGGAUGUGCGACCCCAUUGGGACCGGGACCCCAUAGGGAACGUGCGACCCCAUAGGGAUGUGCGACCCCAUACACACUGCGACCCCAUAGGGAACGUGUGACCCCAUUGGGACUGUGCGACCCCAUAGGGAAUGUGCGACCCCAUAGGGAAUAUGCAACCCCAUUGGGACUGUGGGACCCCAUUGGGACUGGGACUCCAUAGGGAUGUGGGGCCUCAUAGGGAUGUGGGACCCCAUAGGGACUGUGACCCCAUAGGGAUGUGUGACCCCAUAUACACUGUGAGCCCAUAGGGAUGUGCGACCCCAUAGGGAUGUGGGACCCCAUUGGGACUGGGACCCCAUACACACUGCGACCCCAUAGGGAUGUGGGACCCCAUAUACACUGCGACCCCAUAAGGAUGUGGGGCCCCAUAUACACUGUGAGCCCAUAGGGAUGUGCGACCCCAUAGGGAUGUGGGACCCCAUAGGGACUGCGACCCCAUAGGGAUGUGGGACCCCAUUGGGACUGUGGGACCCCAUAGGGACUGCGACCCCAUAGGGAAUGUGCAACCCCAUAUACACUGUGAGCCCAUAGGGAUGUGGGACCCCAUUGGGAUGUGCGACCCCAUAGGGAAUGUGCGACCCCAUACACACUGUGAGCCCAUAGGGAUGUGGGACCCCAUAGGGAAUGUGCGACCCCAUGUACACUGCGACCCCAUAGGGAAUGUGCGACCCCAUUGGGACUGGGACUCCGUAGGGAUGUGGGGCCUCAUAGGGAUGUGGGACCCCAUAGGGACGGUGACCCCAUAGGGAUGUGGGACCCCACAGGGACUGGGACUCCAUAGGGACUGGGACCCCAUAGAAACACUAUGACCCCAUACAGAUGUGGGACCCCAUAGGGACUGUGGGACCCCAUAGGGACAGUGGGGACCUCAUACACAAUGUGACACCACAGGGACUGUGGGACCCCAUAUAGACUGUGUGACCCCAUACACACCCAGUGUGACCCCAUAGGGACAGUGUGCCCCCAUAUACUGAUUGUGACCCCAUAGGGACAGUGUGCCCCCAUAUAGACGCCGUACCUCCUUGUAGGGGGGGCACAGUGGGGUUCCUCCACUAUGGGCCCCCCCGAUGACCCCCAUAAGCAGUGCCCCCAUAUGCCCCCCCCCCCCCCCCCCCCCCCCCCCCCCCCCCCCAAACAACGGCCCUAUAUCUGCCCCCCCCCCCUCGUGCGCAUCGUCACGUGACCGGACGCGAUGGCGGUCGUUAAUGAGGGCCGUUAAUUGCAGGGGGCGCUGCUGCCCUCUGCCGGCAGCGCUGCGCUCUGCGCCCCACAAUGGGGGUCCCCAAUCAGAAAGGGGGGAAUGGGAGUAAAAGCGAUGGGAAAUGGG